GAUCACAGCUGAUCCCUGAUCCACAUAAGUGUGUUACCGUGUAUGUAUCGAACAGGGAGUAAAGUAUAGUAUAGAGCGAAUGUGCACGUCAUGGGUGUGAAUAUCAUUUUCGACUUUCUGUCAUCGGCCCAGAAGAACGUUUCUUUCUUGGACGACUUUGCUGAGAAGUUGCCGAGUGUAAGAACAUGGCAGGUGAUUGUGGUUUUCAUAUGCAGCGUGAUCGUCAUACAAGCUAUUGCGAUCGUCUUCAAACUGUUCAAAAUGAAGAAGACAUCGGAAAUGGCAUUCAAACCGUUUGCAACUCCAUCCCUUGAUAUCUUUAAAAGCCCAAUCUUAGGACAUUUGGGUUUGCUGUCUGUGAAUAAAGAUGAGAUUAUGCAAAUGGCAGGUGAUAUCACUCAUGAAUUCAAAUAUGCACUACCGUUGUGGUUAGGACCAUUCCAGGCAGCGUUAAUAUGUCAUCAUCCAUCCACUGUGCAACCAAUAUUAGCAACAACUGAACCAAAAGACGAUUUCAGUUAUGGGAUGUUGAAACCUUGGUUGGGAGAUGGAUUGUUGAUCAGUAGCGGAAACAAGUGGUCAAGAAAUCGCAAACUACUAACUCCAGGGUUUCAUUUUGAUAUUCUGAGACCCUAUGUGAAGGUAUUCAAUGAAUGUGCCAUCACAAUGACUGAUAAGUGGUCUACAAUGUGUGACACUGGUCCUCUGGAAAUGUUUCAACAUAUCAGUUUAAUGACUCUUGAUAGUCUGUUGAAGUGCAUAUUUAGUCAAGAAAGUCACUGUCAAACUGAUAGUGAUGUGAAUCCAUAUAUCAAGGCUGUGUACACACUGACUGACUUAAUAAUGGAAAGAAUCAACUUCCCUCCAUACUAUAGUGACACUGUGUAUAGCUUGACAUAUGAAGGCGUGAAAUGGAGAAAAGCUUUAAAUGAUGUACACAAUCACUCUAGAAGAGUCAUUAAAGAAAGAAAAAGUGCUUUGAAAGAUGAAGUAGAAAGAGGAACUGUAAAUAAAAGAAAAUAUAUUGAUUUUUUGGAUAUACUUUUAGCUGCCAAGGAUGAGGAUGGCAAUGGUCUGACUGAUAAAGAAAUCCAAGAUGAAGUUGAUACGUUCAUGUUUGAAGGUCAUGAUACGACAGCCAGUGGCAUAUCAUGGUGUUUCUAUAAUCUAGCCAGACAUCCCAAAUACCAACAGAUGUGUCGAGAUGAAGUAGAUCAACUAUUAGAUAAAAAAGAAAAUGAUGAACUUGAUUGGGAUGACUAUGCCAAACUACCAUUCCUCACUAUGUGUAUCAAAGAAAGUUUAAGACUCCACCCAACUGUGCCAUUUGUUGGUAGAAGAAACAAUAAACCACUAACUUUUCCAGAACUGGGUAUCACCAUUCCUGCAGGUCAGUUUUUAGGCAUAAGUGUUAUUGGACUACAUCAUAAUGUCCAUCUAUGGGAGGAGCCUUUAGUUUAUAACCCGUAUCGAUUUACGACCGAAAACACUAAAGUUAGACAAAAUUAUAGUUUUCUGCCGUUCUCAGCUGGACCAAGAAACUGUAUUGGUCAAAACUUUGCCAUGAAUGAGAUGAAAACAGCUAUCGCGUUGGUACUUAGAAAGUUUAUCCUGUCGGUGGAAGAUGACUAUCCUGUUCGCAGGAUGUACAAUGUGGUCUUACGUGCGGAGGAAGGCCUGCAUAUUGUAGUGAAGCCUCGAGAAGAAAUGAACCCUGGUUUUGGAGCCAACAGAAAAAUUUUAGUCAAUUUCCAAUUUUUACUCAUUGGUAACUUUUAUCCCAUUCAUCUGAAAGAAAGUGCAGACUUUUACAAGCUCACAGACGUCUCAAUGUUCCCAACGCUGAACCGAUCAGAAACAGUUGUUAACAACACUGGUUACGGUGAUCUACCUGGUGAGAUGGCAUCAAGACCUGUCAUACCUACCCCGAUAUACACACAGCGCAUCACAUCUACCACGAGGCUACCAUUACCUUUUGAGGUUCCACCUGCAUCAUUGAUAGGAAGUUUUGUGGUUCCGGAUUAUACGACGGUUCGUGAGAAUCACCGGAUUCCAACAGAUACCGCCCCUGUGAUCGUGCCACAGUUCCGCGCAUACGACGAAAAAGCCGCUACAUUUAGGCUGAGACGCGCCCAUGUACGACCCAAAACAUUUCCCAUCACCCGAAAGCAGCGUGAAUUUAUUCCCGAAAAGGAGAAAGACGAGCAGUACUGGGAAAAGCGAAGAAAAAACAACGAGGCAGCUAAACGAUCACGGGAAAGGAGGCGAUUAAGCGACAUUAUGGUUGAGUGUAAGAUGGCGCAGAUGUCGGAUGAGAACGAUAGCAUGAAAGCGCAAUUACUCGCACUGCAGCAUCAAACUGCGCUUCUGUGUAACACGGAUGAAACACGUCAAGCAAAAGCCCAAUCCAUGAUGUAUCUUAACCCUCUAUACACCAAUUAUAACUCAACUAAUCCCUUUCCAGUUCCUUACGGCAUGUUUGGGCCGCCACAACCAACUUUUCCCCGCUUCACAAGCAUUCCCCCAGGGUUCACAGAACACGCCGAUCUCCUGAGACGUCACAACGCGCUUUCACAGCGGGCACAAUAUCACGAGAGAUCAUCUCGCCCUGAAUACAGCACCAAUGACGUCAAGCAGAGGGAAUCUGACACAGAACGAAAAGACGAUACAACUGAUUGCACUUCGAGCGUAGCUUGCGCAACUCAGUCCGUGCAUGGAUACACUGAAUGA